CAUGGACCAGGAUUGUGACCCACAAUUUGCCAAACAACGCCAAAUUGGCCGAGUUACAAUCCCUCUUUUUUUCACCAUGAAAUAUGUCCGUGCUGAUGUCUUCUGCGUUGGAUAUCGUGUCUCUUGUCUUGGACGAGGUAACUGUCCAUACGGAUCUUGAGCCUCAGGUUUACGAGGAAUGGUCUACCACUACAAACAAAGAUAUGCCAUGCACGUCUUUAAUUGAAAACGCAUGCUGUCUUCUUGACGGAUCGAAAUCCCAACCGAUAAUUGCAAGAGCUCGCAAACCAUUCGAUAUAAAUAACGCUGUCCUGGAAUUGCAUCUAAGCGACUGCGUUGUCUUUGUGCGCAAAUUGUCCCAUCAAUCAUCGACAUCUAAUGACUUGAUUGCGCGCUGGUUCAAAGGGAGAUGUGUCUCUGAAAUCUCUGUGCUGCGUUGGCUCGAGCUCGUUGCUCCUGAUUUGCCUGUUCCUCGCGUUCUAGCCGUCAGUGAGACCAAGGAAUUGAGUGUAACGAGUGUUGUGCCGGGGCUCGACGCUAUGCACGCCUACCCUCGCCUAGACGCUUUAGCAAAGGAACGUUCGGUGACAUCUUAUGCUCAGUUCGCUGUACGCAUGUUCCGGAUACCAGUUCCCCAACGAUUUGGUACUCCUCACGACUUGGACGGACAAAGUCUACUUCUCGGCCCACAUAUCGGAUUCUCCCCCGAACAUUGCGUUGACGUUUCUGAAUCCACCGAUUUACAGUCCUUUUUCGAUGGCCUCAUCGACAGUCGGCUUUUGCGUUCCUCUAUAUAUCAUCACAAAUCUGAUCCAUCCAGUCAUUCACUGUUAAGUUUCCGUUUAACGAGAUUACGCGAAGGGAUUCAGCCACUCAUCGCUGAAGUGAUAAAAGACCCGAUUCUGUCUCGCUUUGUUCUCACGCAUCAAGAUACUCGGAGCAAUAACUUGAUCCUCGAACCUGUAUCUGGUGAAAUAUCCGGUGCUGUCGAUUGGGAAUACUGUGGAUGCCUUCCAGCUGCAAUGGCUGCUCAGUAUCCUGAAUGGAUACGACCCCCGAUCGACGAGUCGCUGCAAUACAGAAAUCCCAAGGAUACGUUCUUGCACUAUACAUUCGAACUCAAAGCGGAGAGGGAACGACUCUGUGAUUUGUAUGAAGAGUGCGUCAAGGGACUAGACCAGGAGUUUUGGAAUUGUCUUGUGCUUGGCACUAGAUUACGCGACGCGUAUACCUGGAUAGCUUUAUCCAAUGGUGACCUGGAUGGCGAAGCCAUGGAUAGAUGGGUGACGGAUCAUUUGUUCGGGUCUACCGCUAACCACCGAUGUACUUGAACUAUACCCUUUCCCUAACUGUGUUACAUCUUUAACAUACUAUAAGUACAUAUCUACAUACGAUAUCAUUGGAUUCAGAAUUUGUAGCCGGUCACGCAUCGCGGGCCCAUGCCCAUGGACUCCUCCCAACGCCUUGAUUUCCCGCAAU